GGGUUUCGAAAGACAAUGCUACCCUUUCAUGUGUAAUACUAAUAUAGCUAGCUAGUUGGCCAACACAUGGAUGGAACCACCACUACAUCCCAAUUCUGAAAGCUUUACACGCUUUUAACACUCUCUAGAAAAGUGGUGUUCUUUUCUUUCUCUGAGGACUCCUAGCUUUUCCUUUUUCCCAUUCUCUUCUUAAAUCCAUGGACACAGCUCAGUGGGCACAGGUACACACAGAACUACUUUUUUCUGUUUUCUUUCCAUAUAAUCAUGAAAAUCUCUGCUGGGGUUGUGAUUUUCAACCAUAAUUUAGAUUAUUAAGUUUUGGGUUUGGGAAAUUAUUUUGAUUAUAUUGUUAGUUCUGAGGGGGGGAAGUUAAGUUUCACUUUAUCCCCAACUUUUUCUCUGAUGUUCAGCUCAACCCUCCACUAAAUUCAAUUUUUGUUGCUGUCUUUUUAAGAUCUUUCCCUCAUUUAUUUUUAUCUGCUAUUCAAAGUACUGCACCUUUCUUUUUCCCAUUUUUUUUUCCUUUCCACCAUCUGAUAAAGGAUAAAGGACCCAAGAUAAAGUUAACAUAUUUGUUUGUAUCAUCCCUCAAAGUGUUGUAAUAAAAACACCUGUCUUGGUAUUGGAGUUGUUAAACCUAUGGAAGGUUCAAAGCCUCCUCCUAUGUUGGAGAGAAGGGCGAGGCCUCAGAAGGAUCAAGCUUUGAACUGCCCAAGGUGCAAUUCCACCAACACCAAAUUCUGCUACUACAAUAACUAUAGCCUCUCCCAGCCAAGGUACUUUUGCAAGACAUGUAGAAGGUAUUGGACUGAGGGUGGUUCUCUCAGAAACGUUCCUGUGGGUGGUGGCUCUAGAAAGAACAAGAGAUCAACUCCAUCAUCAGCUCCAUCACCAGCAUCAUCAUCAGCACCAACAAAGAAGCUUCCUGAUCUCACACCACCAAAUUUCCCUCAAUCAGCUUCUCAGGACCCUAAGAUCCACCAAGGCCAAGACCUUAACUUAGCAUACCCUCCAGCCGAGGACUAUAACACUGUGUCUAAGUUCAUUGAGGUUCCUUACAGCACGGAAUUAGACAAGGGUAGUCUUCAAAACGCCACUUCCUCAUCAACACCGUCUCAGUUGUCUGCCAUGGAGCUUCUCAAGACCGGGAUUGCUUCCUCAAGGGGUUUAAACUCCUUCAUGCCAAUGUAUAAUUCAACUGGGUUUCCUUUGCCAGACUUCAAGCCACCACCUGGCCUUAACUUCAGUCUAGAGGGCUUUGAAAAUGGUUACGGGGGUCUUCAGGGAAUUCAAGAGGGUCCUACUGGUGCAAGGAUCUUGUUUCCCGUCGAGGAUUUAAAGCAGCAGGUUCCAACCACAAAUGAGUUCGAUCAGCAGAAUAGAAGUCAAGGGGAUUCAUCUGGGUAUUGGAAUGGCAUGUUAGGUGGAGGAUCGUGGUAGAUAUUUAGAGAAGAAGAAGAAAAAAAGAGAACAAGGGUUGCUGUUUUAGCCUUUUAUUUUAUUUUUUCUUUUCUUUUCUUUUCUUAAUGGGGGGAGUGUGGUUGUGUUUGGAGUGAUCAGAACCACUAACAAAAUAGGGUACAUGGCUGCUGUUUCGCUUCUUUUUAAUCCAUUUCAAUUUUUGGUCUUCUUUUCCUUUCCCUGGUAGUCCCACUUUGAUUGUUGGCUUUGGUCCCAAAGAAUGUGGCUGUAUUUUGAAGCUACCUUGCAUAUUUUUAUUUAGGUUAAGCAUCAGGAGCAUCAUAAUCAAACUACACAUUUUUCA